AUGCGUCCUUCCCCAUUCAAGCAUCGCCCUCUUAGAAUAUUGCAAUGCAAUAUUAAUGGGCUUGGUACAGCAGCAACGCGGAUUAAACUUGACCAGCUUCUUGAGCUGGCCGAAACUAAAGAAAUUCAGAUUAUUGCUCUUCAGGAAACCAAGCUUAAAGAGACCUCUAAACUGAAGGUAAAGGGGUACAAUGUCUUCCGUUCAGACAGAAAAACUGGAGGAGCUGGUGGUGGCUUAGCCUUCCUCGUCAGGAACAUUCAGUAUCAGAGCAUCGACACCCCACAAUUUGAUAAUACUAAACUGGAAAUCCAAGGCAUUUCGUUCCCCUGGAGAGGUAAGAACAUUAAAGUCUUCAACUCUUACCAUCCUCCUUGCUCCUCAAGUUUGCCCGACUGCUUCUUUCAAGGGUAUGAAAAUAACAUCUUUUUCCUUGGAGAUCUGAACGCUAAACACCCUAACUGGGGAUGCUCCAACAGCAAUGCAAGGGGAAAUGCGCUCCUUAAUCUCGCGGAUGAUAAGAGCUUUCUAUUUUUGAAUGAUGGAUCCCCAACACACUCCUCCCAUAGUUACAAUACCAAAGAAGCACUGGACAUCUCCAUCGUUAGUCCAGAUAUUUACCCACAAUGUAAUUGGACUGUGUUAAGUAAUAUUGGUAGUGAUCACUACCCCAUUCUUAUUGAAUUAGAUAUAAAUCAAAAGGUCUCCAGGGACCGUAGGAACCACUGGAAUUUUAGGAAAGCCGACUGGAAGAGGUACAAUGAUUUGACAAAUUCUGGAGUAUUUAAUGAGCCUCUAACCAACAACAUUGACAGUAACUGGACGGCAUUUGAAAACGGAAUUAUUAGCGCAGCAAAGCAGUCGGUCCCUCGUGGUAAAGUAAAAAAGUACACUCCAUUCUUCUCCCACAACUCCGACACAUUGAAACCACUCUUGAAAAGGAGAGAAGCACUGUCAAAUCUCAUUUCAUCCAAUUCCGGUAACACAUCUGACAAGACCGAACUGAACAGAGUGAAUGCAGAAAUCAAACGCAAGUACGCCCUUCUAAAGAGGCAGAGAUGGAGGGAAUUUUGCACUUCUCUCGACUCUAGAACACCCGAGUCCAAACUGUGGAAACUAGUAAAAAGUAUUGAUAAAAGUCAACCUCAAUCUGAGAGCUGUAACACUAUUCUAGCACCGGACGGGAGUGUCCCUAGUGGUCACAAAGAAGCAGCGGACAUCUUAGGCCUGCAUUACAGUAAUAUCAGUAAACUGUCAUUCACUAACCCAGACAAGACUAUUGCACGUAGGGCAAGAAUCCUUGCUAACAGACACCGAAACAAGAAAGCAAGUGACCCCUUAUUCAGCGCUCACUUCUCUCUGCAAGAAUUGGAGUUCGCUAUUGGAAACUUGAAACUGUCCAAGUCUCCUGGCCCAGACGGCAUCUACGGACACAUGAUCCUACAUCUCGGAAACCUGCUAAAAGCGCAAACUCACCAGACAGCUACAGACCCAUUGCCUUAA